AUGCCGGUAAGUUUGACGAAGUUAUUGAAGAAUCAUAAGAACCGGUAGGGUCGAAGUGGGGACUGAUGUACCCGGUGACGAGUGAGAGAAAGAAGAGAAAGAAGAAGGAAACGGAGACAGAGUUAAAGGGUCUGCUUGCAGGUUUCGACGUCGUCAUCCGAGAAUGGAGGUCCUUCCGCAUCCGUCUGGAUGGCUUGGAAAGACGUUUUUAUCCAGUGCGUUCAGCCAAUGAUUUCAGUCGUUCUUCUCCUCCGAUUCUCCAGCAUCGUCGACGAAGCGGGAUUCCGUGAGAAUCGGAACGACGACUUAUGCGAUUACCCGUAUUUUCAGCCAACAUUCUGAUACUUGUUUUCGUGACGUUCCUGAUCGCUUUGACGACUGGAUGGUCCGCUUGCACAGUUGUCUCGCGGAAGAGCUCGGAAGACGGACUGCUGAAAACGGUACGCCACUGAGCCAUUAUUCACUAUUCCUUCGUUUUCCAGAUGCUCUCCUAUUCGAAUACCGAGUUCGCAUUCUCCUUUUCCAUCGUGUAUCUCAUCAGCCUUCUCGUUGCCACUAGCGUCUUCGUGACUUCUGCGGCCGAAGCGAUGCUCCACGUCUUCUCCAUUUUAUCUCUCGAACUUCUAGACGGAGCCACUCAUGAUCUCCGUCUCGUUUCUUCCGGUAUCAUGAUCCCAUUCCAAUCCGUUCCCAUCUGUCUGUUCAGUCCUUUCGCUCAUCACUCUUGUUCUUUGUCUCGUCCGCUCCCGCAACUCCCGUUACGCCCGUUCCUUCAUAUUCGCCCUCACCUGCAUUGCAAUUGCUCUUCACUUAUCUUCCGCAAUGUUCCGUUACGGAGAGUAUCAACUUCGCCGAGUUUCCGAUCGGAAUGCCAUGAUUCCUUCGCCCCCGCCCGAAGAGAUUUCCACCAUUUUCGCGCAGUUAUUCCCCGCCGCAAUGUGUGGGUUGACCAUUCUGAACAUUGGCUCCAAACUGCAGAAUUCCGCUCCCCGCGGAGCUCUGAUCGCCAUCGCCGUGAGUGCUUCCUUCUACGGAGGAGCCGCGAUGCUGGACUACGUCGAAUUCUUUGCCAGGAGUUCCAAUGCAACCGUUCCGCAUCUUCACAUUGCUCAGAAUCCAGUGACAGAAGUGAGUCCUUCUUACUUUUUCAGAACUUUGCAAGGCUUCCACUUCAGUUCCAAUCCUACAUCUACACCACCGUUCCCGUGGCCAUCGUCGUCACAAUGGCAUGCGUUCUUUCGGGUGUGACCACUCUAAAGUACACUUCCGUCAUCCUCCAAUCGCUCGGUCGUUCCAAACAAUGCAGUUGUAUUUUGUGGCUCUCGAAAGGGUACAGCCAGAGAGACAUUCCGAUUAGAUGCUUGCUUCUCCUCUCUACCAUUCAGAUUCUGAUAUCUGCUAUUGGUGAGAAUAAUGACUCUUCCGGUUGUGAUUCUUUUUAAGGUUCCUACGAUCUCCUUUGUAUCCCUGUGACCGUGUUUUACCUGUUUGGCUAUGGUCUCUUCAACUUCUACGUCUUUCUCGUCAAACUAUCAAAUCCAGGUAAUUAUGCAUCCCGCUGCGAUUCUCGAAUCCGAUUUCAGAAAUCCCAUCUCCUCCCACUCUCGUCUCUCUUUCCAUUUCCGCCGCCUGCUUCCUACUCUCCAUCUUCGUCAAUCGAUAUCUCGCUCUCUUCAUCGCUUCUGUAUUCUCAGCGUCGUAUUGUGCUUUUCUGUAUAUCAACCGGAGUGAGUUCUUUCUUUCCAUUUCCAGACCAAUUCUCUCUGUUCAGACACGGGAAAUGUCGACGACGAACAGUAUCCUAACUCCAUGUAUUCCUCGGUUCUCGAGCAGAUGCACGAACUACAGCAGGAGCCGGACUGCCGUCGUCACUACCAUCCCCAGAUUCUCUUGCUCUCCGGAAGUCCCACAGUCCGCCCCGGUCUCGUGGACUUUGCGCAUUCGAUCACUCGCGGCAAGUCUCUUCUCAUCUGCGGCUAUAUAAUUCCGGUGAGAUUGUAGCUCCCUUCGUUCCUAAUUCUCUUGCUCUUCUCAGCAAAAGCCAUGCUCUCGCAGUUACCUUCUCCAACUGAAGAUUGACAAACAAAUCAACGAUUGGCUGAGAGUUCGAGAAAUAAACGCAUUCGGAACAGCCAUCUGCUGCACGAACAUUGCCGACGGCGCGAACACCCUCCUUCAGACUGCCGGUCUCGGCCGGCUCAGUCCGAAUAUCCUGAUGCUGGGCUUCAAAGCAGGAUGGGAGAAGGCGGGCAAGGAAGUGAUUUCCGAGUACUUUGCAAUGCUGUCGAAUGCAUUCGAGAAGCAGGUCGGACUCAUUGUGUUCCGCAACGAAGUCGCCGGAUUCGACGUGACAUCAUCUAUUAGAAAGAACGGGGCGCCGAUAAACGACGACGAGGAUCUGGCGGAUUACGUGGACAGGUCAGUUUGAGGGCAUUUAUUCGGAAGGCAGAGGGAAAGAAAUGAAUCCGGAAGGGAUGAAGGGGUCCAGGCACUUCGGAUCUCUCGUGAAAAAGACGAAGCAGCGGUCGUUUUCUGUCCGGUUUUCUCGUCGCUUCACUUGAAUUCGAAGAUGUGCCCGGCUUCUGAUGCAUCUGAUUUUGUCUUUGUCUUCCGGUUCUAAGGAAUCUUCCGGGUUUGAAACAGUUAUCUGAAAACGGAAUUUGGCUGAUUGAAAGAAUCCAAAUGAAAUUCUCACAUUCACGUGAAUCUUUUCGUUCGUGAUAUUCCUGAUGACAUGAGUGCUGACGUUGUCCGAAGACGUGAAACCUCGGUGCUCUUCGUGCUUCACAACGUUUUUGUCUGUUAAAAAUCCAAACUGCUGCGCCAAUUCGUGGUCCAGAAGCCCACGAGCAGAAGGCAAACGGUCGUUUACAAAGAAAGCGAGGCUGAGGAAAAGGAAGCCGAAGGCGAUCAUGCACCCUCCGAGACUCUGAAUCUGAAGAUCAUUUCUACGAUUUCCGUGUGCUCCUGGACCUUUUGAUAGUCUGCGUACUCAAAGCAGUUGAGUCCGAGCAGAAUGAAAGCGACGAGCCAGCUCACGAAAGACACUUUUUCCGUUUCCCUUUUGAAUCGAGAGAUGCUGUUCAAAUAGUAUUUGGCGCCGAUUCGUGUUACAAAAAAAGAGAUGUAGAAAACAAUUAUUGAGAUUUUGGGAAAAGUUUGCUGAACCUGAAUGCUGGAAACUCGACAAAUUGAAGGGAACGAAAGCGUUACCACUGCUUUUUUUCCUUUCGAUUCGUUCUCUUCUGCGAACAUACACGUGGCAAGAGCAGCCGAGCACAGACUCAUUGCGGAAAGGCCGUAGUAAAUAACAUCUUUCGGAUCGAUUUUCCGGUUGUUCAACGGAAAAUCGGAAGUGUGAAAGACGAGAACAGUUCCGAGAGAAGCGGUGUAAAGGCCAGUUUUGAGGGGAAGGCAGAAGGUCCACACGAAGGCGAACCAAUAAGUGUAAAAGGUUCCGAAAGAAGUGAGUUGGCUGCAUGUGGCCACGGAUUCCAAGUGGGAAAUCAUGGUGAAAUGGGGAAAAUAUAUGAGAUGAGUCAGAAAAAAUUGUAUUCUCAGGGAUUAGAGGGCCGCUUUCUGACUGAAUUAGACACAUUUCAGCGCGACUCCAAAACUGACGGAGCAAGGGAAUCAGAAGAAAGAGGGUAAGAAAAAGGAGAUUGGGUUCAACGUACGAAUAGUUUUCAGUUCCACGUGGCAAGCUUCUGAAUACUUUCCGGAAGAUGUCGAUGGCAGUGAAUAAGGUCAUCCUCUGAAAGCGUUUUCUCCUCUUUCCAACUCGUUUUUUUUCAGGAUUUGGAGAGUGGAAAUCGGCGAUCAAAUGAGAGUAAUCGGUUCCAAGUGAUCGACAAACACAGCAUUUCGGAGCCUGAUCAGAAGAUCAUCAUGACCCAAAUGUUCCGAUUCCGAAAGAGAAUUCACAAUGCGAGAAUCGGCAAGUGAUCGAUAGACUAUUGAAAAAGAUAAGAUUUUGCAGACGUCUAUUGGCUCAGAGAAGCCGGCGGACUCACGAUGCUCGUUCCGUACCUUUUGACGCAAGUGGGAAGUUUCUUGGAAGGAGGUCACAUCCGAGUGUUCACUAAGAGCGACGGAAAAGACAAUAAAAAGGUGAGGAAAAGGACGAAGAUGCAAUUGGAACGGAACGGAUUCGCAGAUAAACGAGGAGCAGAAAAGCAUGGCGUCGGUCCUCCGGAAGUUCCACAUCGAUUCGUCCGAUCUUCACAUUCUCCCCGAAUUCGCGAAGCCGCCAUCAAAACAGACGUGAGAACGGCAACUGAUCGUCUGAUUGAAUAAUAUUUUCAGAUAUGAUGACUUCCGAGCGAAAACCGAUCCCUUCAGGGCGGAUCCGAAGAGCACAGAGAAGAAAGAAGGCACUUUUGACAAUGUGAAUCAGCCACCAAGUUGUACUUCUAAAUAAUCGUUUUUAGGACCAGUUAUUUAGGCUACGCGAGAAAACGCGUAGUUUCCUACGAGCAGCGGAGCUUAUGAAGGAGCACAGUUCGGACGCCGAUCUCAUUGUUUGGUGAGUUCCGUCCAAUCCGUCCGCUUCUCAUUUCUUUCCAGCACUCUUCCGUCGGCCCGUCUUGACAUACCCUCUCCGAUCUACCUUGGCUGGAUAGACAUACUCACUCGCCAAAUUCCACCGACAUGCUUAGUUCGAGGCAAUCAAGUGUCGAUCAGCGCGCUCAACGUGAAAUUCCCUUAA